GCUUCUAUAAAUUUUCUUUUCACAGGAUGUUUACAACUUGGAAACGCGAAACACAAACUAUCACAAAUGACAUGUUACAAUGACGGCUGAUUUACAUAUAAAAUGAUAAAUCGUAUAGUGAUUGUCGUGACAAACGCGCUGGCGACGACUCGAUAAACGUGUUAUAAAAUCACGACGUCCAUCGACAACGCCGAUUGACAUUGCUAACAAUCAUAACAAUCGCGAUUAUCGUUCUUGUCGUCGUUUUAAUCGAAUGUCAGACUUGAUUCCUUUAAAUAUAUGUAUUCGAUCCCGUGAAUAAAUUAUGAGCGUGGAUAGCGAAAACAAGUCGAACGAGGCGAUUGCGUCGUACACUUCGUCAACGGUCGAUCCGAAGAACGCUGUCGAUGGAAGUGUCGAAGGUGGCCCGGUGACUCCAGAAAUGGUGCUACGAUUACCUACUAUUACAGAUAAGUAUCUCUGCUCUCCAGAGGCCAAUGUCUACGAUAUAGACUUUACAAGAUUUCAGAUUAGAGAUUUAGAAACUGGCGCUAUAUUGUUUGAGAUAACAAAGCCUCCUGCUAGCGAAUGCGAUGUCCAUCAAGAGCCAGAACCAGAUUGCGAAGAACUCGGAUCUGAGGAUGCAAAUACGGGACGCUUUGUACGAUAUCAAUUCACACCACAGUUCCUCAAAUUAAAGACGGUUGGAGCGACAAUCGAGUUUCUCGUAGGGCCUAAGCCGAUCAAUAAUUUCCGAAUGAUAGAACGACACUUUUUCCGAGACAGAUUGCUAAAAACCUUUGAUUUCCAAUUUGGAUUUUGCAUACCAAACAGCAAAAAUACAUGCGAACACAUUUACGAGUUUCCAACAUUGCCUGCAGAUCUAGUUUCUGAAAUGAUUGCGAAUCCAUUUGAAACGCGAUCCGACUCAUUUUAUUUCGUCGACAAUCAGCUUGUGAUGCACAAUAAGGCCGACUAUGCGUACAAUGGUGGACACACGCAUGACGUAUUGUAGUGUGCGCGAUUUGUUGAUUAAUAUUAUUGCAAGUGAUAUAUAUAUAUAUAUAUAUUCACACAUGUUACAGCGAGACAAUGACGAUCAAGACUGCACAUUUGGGCUAGUGUUUGAUAUUACGUCACUUUCGGCACGAAAACGAGCUUAGAAUUUCGCGGAUUGGUCGCAAUUAAGUCUGAACACGCGAAUGUUGUUGCAAUAGAAAUGCUUUAAUCUAAAGCUACAUUUAAUUUGUUGAAAAAUAUUAUAGUUCCUAUUUUUUUUAGCAAAAUAUUUAUUUAUAAAUUAUUAUUGAGGUAAAGUACUUAGUUUUAUAGGAUAUUUUACUAGUAUUUCUUCUUAUGCGCGAGAUAUUACUAACGAAUAUCAUUACUCAAGUACAUAUAACACAUAGUAUAUGGCCUUUGAAUGGAACCAUAUUUGAUUCCAUUAAUUCCGUUCUCUAAUUUUUUAAAUAAAGCCUAUACAGAUCUCACAAUAAUAAUACAUGCGAUAGCGAAAAAACUGAAAGACAAUGAUGAGGACGGAGCUUUUCGACGCUUAAUGGCGCUUUUGAUCACAAUCAACUGCAUAAUGUGCAGUUUCUUUCACUUUUACACUACAUAUUGUUUGAAUAUUUUUCACAUUGUUCUGCAAUGUUGUGAAAUUCAUCUGAAAUACAUGUAUAUAUUUACAAAGAACAA